AGACAGACUUAACCCUAAACUCCAUUUUCUCUGGCUUCUUCCUCUAUCCUUUGUCCCUUUUCUGGAAAAUUUCCGCUUGCAUUUCUUUCCGUUACCCUAACAGAACCCUAAUCGAGCAGCUAGGUUCCAAGAUAUCGACUGGGAAUUUAUCGCCGGCCACUUUAACCUUGAAACUUACUGGGCCGCUCAACUCUCCGUACUCAUCAGACGGCAUUUGAAGUUGCAAAUCUAUUCAAAAUCAGAAUCAACAGAAGAUGGAUUGGGAGGAUGAACCUAUUCCGGAUAUUUUGAUAAAGGAACAACCUAAAACUAAAAGUUUGUGGGAUGAUGAAGACGUAGAUGACAAUGACGUGAAAGAGUCUUGGGAAGAUGAAGAUGAGCCUGCUGCGGCACCCAUAGUAGAACCACCUGCUGCAAAGGUCCCAAAGAAGCCAACAGCAAAAUCAGGUGAGCAGAAAGAAAAGAAAGGGAAAGCUGCUGAAGUUGCAAAGGAGGAGCCACUAGAUCCUGUAGAAGAAAAACUUCGCCAGCAAAGGCUAGUAGAAGAAGCUGAUUAUAAGUCCACGACUGAGUUAUUUGGUAAGAGAGGUGAUGAGAAGACCCUGGACAAUUUCAUUCCCAAAUCAGAAGGUGACUUUGCAGAAUAUGCAGAACUCAUUUCCCACAAGCUGCGUCCUUAUGAGAAAAGCUACCAUUAUAUUGGUUUGCUCAAAGCUGUAAUGAGAUUAUCAAUGACUUCACUGAAAGGGGCGGAUGCCAAGGAUGUAGCCUCUUCAGUCACUGCAAUUGCAAAUGAAAAGAUAAAAGCCGAAAAAGAAGCAAAUGCUGGGAAGAAGAAGACAGGAGGUGCAAAGAAGAAACAGUUGCAUGUUGAUAAAGAUGAAGAUGUCGCGGUUGUUGAUGCAUAUGAUGGCUUUGAUGAUUAUGAUUUCAUGUGAGCAAACUUUUGGCGGACCAUGUUUAGAUAGGCCGAUUGUUGUCAACUUUUUGAGUGUUUCACACAUAGAAUUUUAGGAUCUUGCAUAUACAAAGUGGAGGAGGAUGAUCCUGCGGCCUGUUUUCUCUCCGAAUUGAGGAGACUGAUUGAGUGCCAUAUUGUUGUCUUUUGAAUAAAAAGUUUUUAAAUAAUUUUGAUCAGUUUAUCUUCUUUGUCCUACUGCUUGCUUACUGGAUCGAAGGAUUGUUUGCGGAAGCUCGAGGAAGUAUUUAUAUGUUGUUACAGUAGUAAAUAUAAUUGUGAAGUCAACUGUUAAGCAUAUGUUUCUGCA